AACCUAUACUGAAUGAAUAACAAAAGUGUUACUUCGUUUUAUGUAAAUGAUAUAUAGCCUCGUGUUCACAGUGUCCUUCUAAUGUUUCUAUUGUCUAAAGUUGAAAGUAUUAUUAAUUGUAUCGUGUUUAUUUAAACGAGGAAAUACUUUCAGUGCCAUUAUAAUUUAUCAGUUAAUAUACUUAUAGUUUUGAAGUGGAAGUACCCUGAAAUACAGAAUUAAAUAAAAACCCAGUAGAAGGGUUUUCAGCAGGCCUCAUAGAUGACAAUGACAUAUAUCAGUGGGAAGUACUCAUUAUUGGUCCACCAGAUACAUUAUAUGAAGGUGGAUUCUUCAAAGCACACUUAGAAUUUCCAAAAGAGUAUCCACUUAGGCCACCCAGAAUGAAAUUUAUAACAGAAAUAUGGCAUCCAAACAUCGAGAAGAAUGGUAAUGUUUGCAUAUCGAUUUUACACGAACCUGGAGAUGAUAAGUGGGGCUAUGAAAAAGCUUCAGAACGGUGGUUACCAGUUCACACAGUUGAGACUAUUCUCAUAAGUGUUAUUAGCAUGCUUGCAGAUCCUAAUGAUGAAAGUCCUGCUAAUGUGGAUGCUGCCAAAGAAUGGAGGGAAAGUUAUACAGAAUUCAAGAGAAAGGUGGCGAGGUGUGUCAGAAAAAGCCAAGAAGAGUGUUUGUAGGAGAUGAACAAAUAUUCAAAUGGAAAGACUUAUUUAAUUCUGGGAAGCCGUAAGCACUGUAAGAAAGAAACCGAUGCUCAGCAUUAAGCUAAAUGAAUCUCAGUGCCACUAAAAACGGAUAAAGCCUGACCCAUCCUUAUACAAAGUGAGGGAGAGAGAGCAUGUGUGAAAAUAGAAGAUAAGUUCACACACCUCUAUCAAGUUUAUACCACCGCCACUGACGUACCAUCCAUUGAUACGAAGAACAUAAAGGAAAUACAUGCAGCUCACCUUUUACAUAAUAAUAAACAGCUAAAAAACUAAUUUACACAUAUACAUGAAGCAGAAAAUUAUCUGUACGAUUAUUACCUUAAUAUUGAUAGUUAUAAACUUAACUUCCCUGUCCCUCCUGCUCAAGAGCUAGCCCAACCCUUUACACCUAAAAGUCUCGUAAUUUAAAAUGUUUAUGUUUUUAUCAUCAUUGAAUAAUAAUUCCCUAGUGUCGUUUCGUAUUUUCUUACUUUCGUAAAUAUAUAUAAAUAAAUUUUUGUAAAGUCAAAUACACGGAACAUAUGCUACAAUCGUUAAUGUAAUGCCAGUAAAAAUGGAAACGAAAUAUAUGUGAAUCAACAGUGACAUUGAGCAAACAUUAUGUCGAUUAUGCUGUACUUAAUUGCAGCUAUGUAAAGAUAAUGUGAAAUUUGAACCGUAAGUUGCCAAAAUAACAAAUUCUAAUUAAUGUAAUAAUGCUAAUAAUGAUAUUAGAAAUAUACCAUUAAUUACAGCUACUAAA